AAUUUUGAAAUAGAAAAAUUUACAACAUUUUUUUUACGAUGAAAUGAAGCAGCGAAUUUUUAUUUAGACUGAAAUAACUGAAUGUUCUAUGUGAUUAUUUAUAUACUUUUUGUGUUCUUGUUCGUAAUCAUGUCUCAAAAAUCGAAAUCAACUAAAGAAGAGAAGAAGAACGUGCAAGUUUUCGUCAGAGUCCGACCCAUCAACAAUGCGGAGAAAGCUGCCAGAUCUUAUACAGUGGUUGGUUGCAAUGGAAGCAAAGAAAUCGUUGUUAAAGAAAGGCCAACAGAUAGACUCACAAAGACCUUUACAUUCGAUAAAGUGUUCGGACCCGAAUCCAAACAGGUCGAUGUGUACAAAUCUGUUGUCCAUCCAUUAAUUGACGAAGUCUUGGCUGGAUACAAUUGCACCGUAUUCGCUUAUGGCCAAACUGGAACUGGUAAAACGUUCACGAUGGAAGGCGAGAAAACUAACGAUUCUACAAUAUCUUGGGAAAACGAUCCAUUGUCGGGUAUCAUACCUCGUUCUUUGAGCCAUUUAUUCGACGAAUUACGUUUGAUAAAUGCCGAAUACACUGUCAGAGUAUCGUUUCUGGAGCUAUACAAUGAAGAAAUAUUCGAUUUAUUGUCACCUCCCGACGACACCACUAAAUUAAAAUUAUUCGAAGACAACACUAGAAAAGGAUCGGUUAUUAUUCAAGGACUUGAAGAAGUUACCGUUCAUAAUAAACAAGAAGUGUAUAAAAUUCUAGAAAAAGGUUCUGCAAAAAGAACCACUGCUGCCACCUUGAUGAAUGCUCAAUCGAGCCGAUCGCACACAGUGUUCUCCAUCACGGUUCAUAUAAAAGAAAACUCCAUCGAUGGUGAAGAAUUAUUAAAAACUGGUAAAUUAAAUUUGGUGGAUUUAGCUGGUAGCGAGAACAUUAGCCGAUCUGGCGCUGUGGAUAAACGUGCCAGAGAAGCUGGAAAUAUCAAUCAGUCGUUGCUGACAUUAGGCCGAUGUAUAACAUCUCUAGUUGAGCACUGUCCUCAUAUUCCAUACAGGGAGUCUAAACUGACUCGUCUACUACAAGAGUCGCUAGGGGGUCGUACUAAGACUUCGAUAAUUGCAACUGUUUCUCCAGCCAUAUCGAAUUUAGAAGAAACUCUCAGUACAUUGGAUUACGCUCACAGAGCUAAAAACAUUACGAAUAAACCCGAAAUAAAUCAAAAGCUAACUAAAGCUGCUCUUCUUAAAGAAUACACGACGGAAAUAGAACGUCUGCGACGCGACAUAGAGGCGCUUCGUGAAAAAAAUGGUAUUAUUUUGGCACCUGAAAAUUACGCUCAAAUCAUGAUGGAUAUUGAACAAAAAGACGACGAACUUGCCAAUAAAAUUUCACAGCUUAAAGCUAUGGAAGAAAAACACGAUAAACUUGAGGAAUUGACGAACAUGCUUGAUACGAAAUUGAACGAAACUAAAGAUAAAUUGCGGAAAACUGUAGCAGAAAAAGAGGAGAAAAAUUUCCUCGUUGAAAAAUACAUGGAAAGAGAACAAAAGUUCAAAGAGCAAAAUCACCUGUUGAGAGCAACCGUCCAAGAAUCUACAACGGAUGUGGAAAAAUUGCAUCAGAAAUUGGAAAUCAAAAAGAAAAUUGAAGAAUCGAAUUUGAACGCGAUUAAUUUAUUUUCCCGUAAUUUCCAUAAUGAUAACGUCGAAGUAAAUCAUUUAAUCGAAGAAUGUCGAGAAGAAUCAGAUUUUCUCGUAGAAUUGGAGAAAUCGUUAGGAGGUUUUCUUGAGACACAGACUGGUAGUUAUGACUCCAUCCGUCUCUCCGCCAAUGAGCUGGACUCACCGCAGCGAAAACUAACUCAAAUGGUCGACAAUAUGAAAAAUCAGAUGAACGAUUUGAGAGAUUCUCAAAAAAAUCAACACCUUACGGAUAUGAAUUUUGUAAAUUCCACCGAGAGUGAAUAUAACAAUAUUGAUGAAACAUUGAUGGAACCUUUUAAAACUCAAUCAGACCAACUUACCGUUUUAAGAAGCAAUCAAAAUGAAUCGCUUAGUAAUUUAUUGCAGCACACAAAUCGCUUGGAUGAACUUCAAAAAUCAUCCGACUUCCACGGACGUUUGGGAAAUAUUCAAACUACUCUUGUAGGGCAAAGUGAAACAUUGCAAAAGAGAUUUGAUACCAUAGAGGUUCUUGAAGGAAACGUGCACGAAAAUCAUCUACAAAAAGAUGAAGAAAUGGUCAAAGGAAUCGAAUUAUUACAAAAUGAAAUGGUGUCCUUGCAAACUGAAGUGGUAUCUUGGCAAAAUAAAAUACAAAAUAAAAUGACAUCUAUGCAAAGCAUGAUGGAUAAAUUGUUACAAACUGCAAACAAGAAAGCCGCCGAAACUCAACGUAAUGAUUUACUGAGUAAUAUUCGCCAAGGGGCUGAAAACGUUAAAGAUAUAGUCGAUGCUUCUCACCUGAUCGCUGGUGUUAUCACCGAACAUGAAGAUCAUUCGAAUAAAAUCCAAUCUUUGAAUGAAAAUAUCAAAACCGAAAUCAAGUGCGGAUCUGAUAAGCUAAACGAAGACGUAGAAAAAUGCAGUAGUGCGAAUGAAAAAACCAAGAAUAUUUGGAAAGAUUUCACUGAUAAAUUAAAGACUUCAUUGGGUAGUUAUAAAAUUACCGUUGAAACUUCUAAUCAAGACCAGUGCUCGAAAUUCGAGAAAUUAAGCGGAGAAUUAGAUUCUUCGGUGGAGCCAAUUCAGCAAGACCUGACCACACAGAAAACUCACAUCAUCAAUACCGUUGACAACAGCUCGUCCAAUCACGUCCAGUUCACCAACUCAACCUGCGAACAACUUGAAAAAGAACGUAAUAAAAUAAACGAACAAUUGGAUAGUAUUUCUAGGAGCGUAUCUCGACAGACGAAAUUGGUCGACUCUUUUGUCAACCAGGAAGUGAAAAAAGAUCUGCCAACGGGACAAACUCCAGAAAGACGUCAUUGGCAGUUUCCGCAAGAACUCGCAUGUAUGUCUCCUCACGAGCGCUUAAUUCAACGAUUCAGGAAAGAAAGGCCUUACGAUAGUUUCGAUAGCGAUUACGAAAGUAACGGUACUGGAGAUAGAGACGCCGAAGACGAUAAAACCUCCGAAGAAGACAGCAGCAGUCAAAACAGCUCGCCAAAUGAAAAUAAUGGCAUACGAAAAUGUGAAUCCAGCAGCGAUAUUUUAAACGGAUUGAAUAAUACGAUGGAUAGUUCGACUCAUAGCGAUUGCAACAGUUCUGUUAUCUCAUCGAUUAGUAAAAAGAAGGGAAUACCGAAAAAGAACAAAGCCAAGGCUUUAUUCAAGAAACCAUUAUUGAGGUGAAUCUGACAGUUAUAUCUUCACUUUUUUAACUGCAAUAUUUUUAUUCGUAUUUUAAAUUAUUUUUAACUGUCGAAUUACCAUUUUAUAAUUUUUUAUUUUAUAGCUCAGGAUUUUUUUCUCUCUAUUUUAAUGAUAAUGUCUGUCUUAUGUGUUGUAGCCGUUAUUUUUUUACAGUAUUAGUAUGAGUGGAUUAUAUUAUUGUAAUUUCGAGUCAUUUAUGCAUUUAUGAGAAAAUUCUUGAAAAUAUAUUUAUGUUCAUAACUUAUUUCCAAAUGAUCUGGAAAAAUUAAUUACAUAAAAUUUCGACGAAAUUUCCUCAAUUUGAGUAUAAUAUUUUUAUGUUUUUGUUUUUGAAUUUUUUAAUAUCAACUUACCUAUUAUUAUUGAAACAUAAUAUUGUCAAGAAUUUGUAUCAUUUUCAUGAGUGAACAGGAUGAGAUAUUAUUGUUGUGUAUUAUAUAUGUAUUGAGUAAAAAAUGUUUGCAACCACA